AUGGCCUAUGAUAUUAUUCAAGUAUAUGUUAUUUAUUUAUUUGUUGUCCAAGUUACUCCAACGAAUAUAGCUGGAACUCCAGCGAAUAGAGAUGGAACUCCAACUAAUCAGGGUGAUUCUUCAGCUGACAAUGGAAAUAGCUCAACAUUUAAGAUAAUUUUAUAUGUUGUGAUAAGCAUUGGUUGUAUAGCUAUUUUAUCUGGUCUUGUCGUGUGUUAUAAAAAAUGGUACAAAAAUAGAACAAAUAUUGGCAAAAAUCUAUUAUCAGAAGAUUUAUAUAAUAGUGACUUACAUGAUAAAGAACAGUACAGCAGCAGAGUCAUAUAA